AUGGCAAUCUUGACGGUGGCUGCGAUUGCGUUGUCCCUUAGACUGGCCCUUUGUGCCUCCGUCGUGUACGUGUGGUACAUGAUACAAAUCGUACGAGGUGAUAUGGAAAGAACUCAGAGACAGCUACAUGCCAAGUAUGGUCCGCUUCUGAGGAUUGCCCCAAAUGAGAUCGCCUGUGCGGAUCCAGAAGCCAUAAAGUUGAUUUAUAGGAACCAAGGUGCUUUGGACAAGACUGAAUUUUACCCUAAUUUCAGCAAGCACAAAGAUGCCUUUACUGAGACCAAGGACAAGGUCCAUGGCGAACGGAGACGUAUUGUCAACCACGUAUAUACUCUGGCGAACGUCUUGAAAUCCGAGGAGUACAUUGACAGAUGCUCCGACUUGAUGUUGCUCCGUCUGAAAGAACGCGCCGAGACAGAUGAGCCGAUCAUUGACCUAGGGCACUACCUCCAAAUGUACGCGUUCGACGUGAUCGGCGAACUCUAUCUCGGGGAGAUGUUUGGCUUCCUCCAGAACAAUCAUGACCACGGAGGAUGGAUCCGCUCACUGGAUCUACUGAUGCCCUUCUUAUGCUUGUGCGCCGUCGCACCCGUUUCGGCCCGGCCGUUCAUUCUCGCUUCAUCUCUCUUUGUGCCUGGGUCAUUCAAAGCACUGAAGGCCGUGGAGCAUAUUGGUAUUUCCGCGAGGAGCUAUGUGGCAAGGCGCUUCGACGAGGGGACUCGACUGGAGUCUCGGAAGCGGAGCGACAUGCUGCAGCAGUUGUUUGAAGUCCACUUGGAAAAGGGAGACAAGGUGGACUUCCACAUGGGCGAUAUCGAGCAAGAGGCUUACGUUGCGUUGUUUGCAGGGUCCGACACGACGGCGAUUGGGUUCCGCUCGUUGUUUUAUCACUUGAUAAAGAACCCAGAUGUUUAUGAGAAGCUCCAGAGCGAAAUCGACCGAGGCUUCAGUUCCGGCCGACUCAAGUCGCCAGUGAAGUUCUCAGAAGCCAUCAAGCUUGAAUUCCUGAGCGCAUGUAUAAAAGAGGCGCUGAGAGUCCAUCCAGGAGUACAGCUGACCAUGGGUCGUGUCGUCCCUGCCGAGGGACUGGAGCUCAGCGGAAUGUUCAUACCUGGAGGAUUUUGGGUGGGUAUGAACCCUGCCGUCGUCCACUUUGAUAAGUCGAUAUUUGGCGAAGAUGCCGAUGAAUUCCGACCGGCCAGGUGGCUCGAGCCUGAUGCUGCGGUGAUGGACCGACACAUGCUGACCUUUGGGUAUGGCACAAGAACCUGUAUCGGCAAGAACAUCUCCUUGGCUGAGCUGCAUAAGUUGACCCCUGAGUUGUUACGAUAUUUCGAAUUGGAGUUGGCGGACAAGAACAGCGUGUGGAAGACACGGAAUCUGUGGUUCUGCAAGCAGGAGAAUGUGAUCGUACGGUUGAGGAAGCGCAACAUAUGA